AUUUCGGAGGCUGUUACUAACAACAUUGAAGCAGGCAACCAAAUAGGGCAUUAUAACUCAAGACCUUCAUCGCACCCCUCAUAGAUUGCCAAAAGAACGUUCUCAAUUUGAUGCUAAGCUCCAACUAGAAGUACGACCAUGUCCACAUCAAUUCUGCAGGCAUCCGCCUUUACGUUGCAACAGAGGCUUACGGCCGGGGAAAUCACCAGUGUUCAUCUUGUUAAAGAGUUUCUUAAUCAGAUUGAGAAACACAACACCAAUGGAAUGCGCCUCAAUGCGGUUAUAUCUAUACUAGAUCGUGACUUGGCCUUAGAGACAGCAAAGCGCUUGGAUGAGGAGCGGAAGUAUAGUAGAGUACGAAGCGGGCUACACGGAAUACCCAUUAUAAUUAAGGACUGUAUUGUCACCGGCCCCGACCUAGGGAUGUCAACAACCGUUGGUAGUCACGUCUUUGGCGCGAUGCAGGGGAAACAAAAUGCACCACUAGUAAACCAGCUCAUCGAAAAUGGUGUGAUAAUUUUAGGCAAGGGUAAUUUGACGGAAUCCUGCGGACUGAAGUCAAAUGAUACACCGAUCGGCUGGAGUGCAUACAUGGGCCAGACAUUAUCGGCUCACAAAAUGCCUCACUUAAGCGAAAAAGAUCAGCCGACAUGUGGUGGUUCCACAUCCGGCCCGGCAACCAGUAUCGCCGCGGGAUUCUGUUCUAUCGGGAUCGGCACGGAGACGGCAGGCUCGACCGUUUAUCCGGCAAGUUGCUGCGGUCUUUAUGGUAUGAAGCUGACUCCUGGGUCCGUCUCUACCAAAGGUGUUUUCAAAUUGAGCGAGUCAUUCGACAGUAUUGGGGUUUUAGGGACAACCCCAUAUGAUCUUGCGCUACUCACGGAUGCCAUCGUGAGAGAGGCCAAGCCAAAGCCAGUAUCAGAGAGACUCUCAUCCCUCACGGCACGAUCCUGGUCGGAUCUUGGUGUUGGUGUAGUUACGAAUACUUGGGGUGUAGCACAUGCUAUCGAGAAAUGGUGUCGACCAGAAGUGAAGAUCAUAUAUGAGAGCGUCCCCCACGUUCUUGAAUCCAAGGGUGCUAAAGUAAUAUUUCCUCUAAAUAUUCCCGGCGGAGAUAUUCUAAAGGUCGAUGAAGACAACCUGGGCACUGUUGCAUAUCACGAGUUCCCUAGGGAGAUAGAAGAAUUUCUAACCAAUUUCGAUCGCACUACGAGCAUUAACUCGCUAGACGACAUCAUUAAGUGGAACGAACAGAACGCAGAUAUAUCCUUACCUGAUCCAUAUAAAACUCAAACAGAACUGAUUAAGUCAAGAGACAAUAAAAUGACAGAGCAACGUCACAACAAAGUCCUCUCUGAACUCCGGCGUAUUGCCAUAAACGAACUGGAGAAAUCCAUGGCCGACGGACUAGAUAUAGUUUUGGCUCCAUCUGACUCAACGAUGGUGUCUUACGCAGCUUGUGCUGGGUGGCCUAUUGCUACUGUGCCACUCGGUAGACUCGAUAGCAAUGGCCAGCCAUUUGGACUUUUCGCGAUUGCUCGUGAAGGGAGUGACGAUUUAUUACUCAAUUUCAUGGCUUUAUUCGAGAAAGCUUUUCCAGCACCAAAGAGAGCAAGCUGCCCUUUUGACUAGGCUCGUGACUGGAAUAGGAAAAAUGCCAAUUACGUUAUCAUCUCCAUCAUCCAACUACGUUGCUCUCAAAUCAGUUUGCUUCUAAUUCAUUGAGGGUUAGGAACCUUCGGAGUUGCCGACCCUACUCUCUCUGCAUAAGCGGCCGCAAAUCAAUAAAUAGGUGUCUAGGUCCGGUCUACCGGGAUCCAUUGCGCACUCAUAUUUAGAGAUCGGCGAAUCGGUGUGAGGUGUGCGAAAAAUCUAGACGUCCACGUCUCUAGUAUAGCACUAUCUUAACCAAGAAUGGUUAGUCGAAAGGUACCAAGACCUUUCUCAUAUAACAGCAUGUAGUAUAGCGCUUUGACAUUUGACUACGUCUUUGCUGUCGGAGUUUAUAGAAUGAGGAUAGGCUAACUACGGAGCUAUACGCUGGAAAGGACUUCCACAAUUAGUAAAUAAUUACCGAAGUAGUUAAGCUUCUAACAAAUGCCAAGGCACCGGUGCGAUGAGAUUCGCGUUCGGAUUUGAACCCGAUGCAUGUUUAGCGUGGUGUGGGUGGGAUCUUUCUGUCUUGUUAGUUUUCCCCUACUAUCCCCGAAGUUGCCUUAGG